AUGGCUUCAAGUUUACUGCCCACCGAUGUGUCGGAAUACCAAGCAUUGGAAAAGAAGCUUGUGCGAAAGAUUGAUUGGAGGCUCAUGCCAGUCCUGGUGGUGAUGAUCGUUCUCAACUAUCUUGACCGUCAAGCACUCCCCAACGCUCGUGUGCAGGGCAUCGAAGAUGACCUCGGCCUUGCAGGGGACGACUAUAAUGUGGCUAUAUCGGUCUUGUUUGCCGGAUACAUUGCCUUGCAGAUUCCAUCCAACAUGAUUCUCACUCGAGUACGGCCAAGCAUAUACCUGCCUCUUUGUAUGGCUCUAUGGGGAGCCGUAUCUGCAUGUACUGCUGCAGUGACAAGUUUCCAUGGCCUAGUAGCUUGCCGUUUCUUUCUCGGCUUUCUCGAAGCUCCCUUCUUUCCUGGUGCGCUUUUCUUGUUGUCGUCGUGGUACACGCCCAAAGAGCUUGCUACACGGACGGCAGUUCUCUACACGGGCAGUCUCUUGUCCAGCGCCUUUGGCGGCCUGGUGGGCGCCGGCGUACAAUACGGGCUCGACGGCGCCCACGGACUACACGCCUGGCAGUGGCUGUUCAUCAUUGAGGGCUCGGCGACCGUCUUCCUCUCGCUGUGCUCCGUGUUCCUGCUGCCCGACUUCCCGGGCACGACGCGGUGGCUGUCGGAGCAGGAAAAGGCCAUUGCCAAGGACCGGCUCCACCGGCACAGCGGCAGCCAAGACGAGGAGCGCGGGCCCGUCCUCCGCGGCGUCCGGCUCGCCCUCGCCGACUACAAGGUGUGGCUGCUGGCCGCCGUGGUCAUCACCAAGACGACGGCCGCGGCGGUCACGUCGUUUGUCCCGACCCUGGUGGCCACUUUUGAAUUCUCCAGCGUGCAGUCGCUGCUCAUGACGGCGCCGCCGUACGUGUUUGCCGCCAUUGUCGCCAUGGCCGUCAGUAUCUCGAGCGACCGCCGCGCCGAGCGGUACGGCCACCUCGUCGUGCCCCUUGCGGUCGGCAUGGUGGGCUAUAUUGUUGCGGCGUCCACGACGACGCUGGCGCCGCGGUACUUUUCCCUAUUCUUGAUGCUCGGGGGAGUUUACGGCAGCUUCAAUGUCACGUACGCCUGGAUAUCGUCGACGAUCCCGCGUCCACUCGAGAAGCGCGCGGCGGCAUUCGCUUUUGCCAACAUGGUAGGCAAUUUUGCGCAAAUCUACUCGCCGUACAUGUACAACUCGUCCACGGGGCCGCGCUACCUCCCGGCCAUGACAGCCAACACCGUCUUUGUGUUUGCCUCCAUCUGUUGUGCCACCGUCUUGCGAUUCUGUCUGGUGCGCGAGAAUCGCAAGCUCGACGCUCUUGAGAACGUUCAGGAGGACGACGGUGGUAGUCCCGAGAAGGGCGAGCUGGAAAAACGCGACGAAAUUGUCCAGGAGAGCCGAGUCGGUCCCCUUGCGCUGAGUCCUGGCUUCCGAUAUACUCUUUGA